AUGGCUAGGGCGUCCCCCGUAGGCGACGCGCGAGGACAUCGCCGUACACUCGUGAGAAAUGGACAGCAGCUACCGUAUCAAGAGCGAAUACGGCUAAAGAAGUUAGCUCAAAGGAGGGGGGAGAGGCAGAAGAAAGAUAAUGAGACGAUAGGUUUGAAGAUUGGAACACUGAAUGUGGGGAGUAUGACAGCGAGAAACCACGAACUGGUGGACCUGAUGGAGAGGAGAAAGAUAAGAAUCAUGUGCUUGCAGGAGACAAAGUGGAAGGGGAGUAAGGCCAAAGAACUUGGAAACGGAUUUAAACUGUUCUACAUAGGAGACGAUGGAAGAAAGAACGGAGUUGGAAUUGUUUUGGAUGAGGAACUCAAGAUGGGGGUACUAGAAGUGACAAGAUCUUCAGACCGAAUCACCUGGCUUAAGAUGGAGAUGGGUAAACUGGUGGUGAACAUCAUGAGCGCGGCGCAACAAGGUUGUGCAGACGAAGAGAAGGAGAAGUUUUGGGAGGAGUUGGACGAAGAAGUGAGAAAAAUUCCAGCUGAGGAGAAACUAUGGAUAGGGGGUGAUUUCAAUGGACACGUUGGUGGUGAUAACACAGGCAGAGAAGAGACGGUGGGCAAAUUUGGUUAUGGUACUAAGAAUGAUGGUGGGGAAGAACUCGUGACAUUCGCGAUGAGGCAUAAUUUGUGGAUCGUUAACACGUUCUAUAAGAAAGCCACUAGGCACAAGAUCACCUACCAAAGUGGAGGCACUCAGUCACAAAUAGAUUACAUCCUCUGCCGCUCAAAUGACAAGAAUACGAAAGACUGUAAAGUAAUUCUUGGGGAAAGCAUCACAAACCAACACCGACCAGUCAUUUGCACACUUAAUGUUGUGAAGUCAAAACCCCAGACGAAGUCAAGAACCCAGAAAAUCAAAUGGUGGAAGCUAAAAGAAGCGCAGAGCAGAGAUGAUUUUACAGAUAAGAGAAGAAUUAGUGAGAAGAAGGAAGCAAAGAAGAAACUCUUUGAAGAUCCAUCUGAAGAGAACAAAGCUUACUACAAAACAACAAAGAAGGAAGCUAAAAGAGCUGUAGCAACCGCAAAGGCAAGAGCAUAUAAUCAACUCUACGAAGACCUUGAUACAACAGAAGGUACGAAAAAGGUACUUAGAAUUGCUAAACAAAGGGACAAAAACUCGAAAGACAUCUAUCAGACAAAAUGGAUAAAGAACGAUGAGGGGAAUGUGUUAACAAAUGAUGAAGAUAUUCUGGAAAGGUGGCGGUUGUAUUUUAUGAAGCUCAUGAAUGAAGAAAAUCCUAGGGAAGUACGUGAGGAGGAACAGGUGGGGAAUCCUGGUGAGGUGGAAGCCAUCACUGAAGAUGAGGUGAGAAGAGCGCUAAGGAAGAUGAAGGAUGGAAAAGCAGUGGGACCAGAUAAUUUACCAAUUGAAGCAUGGAAGUGCCUUGGUGAAGAAGGAGUAACUUUCUUGUGCUCAAUGCUCAACAAGAUUUUCGAUGAAGAAAAAAUCCCAGAGUCGUGGCGGAAGAGCAUACUCGUCCCUAUCUAUAAGAACAAAGGUGACAUCAUGGCCUGUGGUAACUACCGAGGCAUAAAACUCAUGAGCCACAGCAUGAAAUUAUUUGAACGUAUGAUUGAGCACCGACUAAGGGGUGUGGUGAACAUCAGUGAAGAGCAGUUUGGAUUCAUGGAGGGGAAGUCCACUACAUGCCAAUUUCGCGCUGAGGCAAGUGCAGGAGAGAUACAGAGAAGGUCACAAAGAGCUGCAUGGAGUAUUCAUCGAUCUGGAGAAAGCAUACGACAGGGUGCCACGGGAGGAGAUAUUGUGGUGUAUGAGAAAGAAGAACGUCCCAGAGAAGUACAUCCUUGUUGUGCAAGACAUGUACAAGGAAAGUGA